CUGCUGCUCCAGCGUUCCUGUGCUCCAGGUGAUCUCUCAGCUGCGCUCCUAGUCCAUCUGCAGCCCCUGCACCUCCAAGAACUGCAGCCCCUGUGUUCGAUGACUCUCUCUCCGCUGCUCUCCUGGUCGUUCUGCAGCUCCACGUGCAGGAGCCAGCCAAAUGCUUCUACUUUGCCCGCAUUUGGUCAGCAAUGUGGAUACAACCCUCCAGGAGUUAAAGCGCUGCCUGGCCGUAGUUUCUUCCUGGACCCAUCGCCGCUGCGGGUGGAGGCGGCCGCCCAGACCUCCGCUCCUGCUGUUCCUGCUGCGGCUGUUGCUCCUGCCACUGCUUUUUCCCCUGCAGCUCCCGCUGCCUCACCGCCAGUGCAGCUUCACCUCGCCGCCGGGCUCGCCGGCGCAGGAUUGCGUCCCAGGCCUCCGAGGGUCCCGCUCCGCCUCCCGUCUUCGGUCUCCAGUCCUGCGACAGGGUCCAGGGGGGCCCGCUUCCAGCCUACGUGUCCGAUUCCCGCAAGGUCCGGGUUCAGGAGGACCCGUGGACCUCCACCACUCCCGAGUUCCCUGAGGUCCGGGUCCAGGGGGACCCAUUGACCUCCACCGCUUCCGAGUCCUGUGAGGCGGUUCAAGGGGACCAACCAGCCCACAGCGCCCCUAAGCAGCCGACCAGCCAUGACAUAUAACUGCCAUGACUUUAAAAUCAUUAAUUCCUAUACUGCAAGCGCCACUAACAUAA